CACAGACAUAAGAUAAUGUAAUAAAAAACCCAAUUUGCUUAACAUUCGGUAGUCACAUUACACUCUGAUUCUGUACCGAGAAUCAUCAAAAAAGAAAGAGAAAUACAACAUGGGCAAAAUUUGGAUUCUGGGUUCUUCUUGUCGGAAUCUGUUGUGUCCCUUCUUUAUAGGAUACGCUCUUAUUUGUACUGGAGUUCACUGUUUUCAGUUUGGACAAAUACCAGCUGGUGAUGAUGGUGGAGGAGGACGUGAUGAUGGUUUUAAUUCUACUUUCACUAUUUCCAGCUUUACUUAUGCUCAAACUAGACUUAAACCUUACGAUUGGCGGUAUAUUAAAGUGAAUUUGCCGCCAUGGUUCUCUUCGAUGUCAAUAAAUUUAGAAUCAGAUGUAGACCUUGAUCUGAGGAACAUUAGAGAAGCCUCAACAAGCAAUCUUCCAAUGAUUUGCUUCCGUGAAGGGAGCCCCCCCCUGCCUGAUGUUUAUAAUACUUCUCUAACUGGUCUAGUGUUCGAUUAUGUCUCGAAUGAUUCUAUUGGAGGAAUACAAGGUCUUCAGAUUGUUGAGCAGUGCUACCCUAUGCAGAAGAUAAUAUCUCUGAGAUUGACAAAUGAGCAGAUUUCUCCUGGUGUAUGGUACUUUGGUUUAUUCAAUGGCAUUGGACCUAUAAGGACACAGUCAAAAAUGAUUAAUCGUGGCCAAUCAUACUCUUUUAGUUGCAAUGUGAGUGUGGAAGGAUGUACAGCCCCAAUGGUGACUGGCCAAUUCUGCAACCAGACGGUUAAUCUGCUUACGUGUGCUGAGGGAUAUGUUGUAACCGAUAGCAGUUCUGGUAACAAAACUUCUGAUCUAGUGGCAGAGAAUGUGGUUGUUUGCAGAAAUGCUGAUGAUGGGACUUGUCAUGUGGAUAAUGGACCAAAAGUCUUCUCUUUGAAUGUAAUGGGAUUUUCUGAAGAGCUAACAAUUACUGCCUCAAAUAUUAGGUUCAAUUCAAAUAGCACAAAAAAUGCAAGUGGGAUUAUCUUGAUGUCUUAUGCUCGGCAUGGUGCAAUGCCGCUAGAUACGUUGCAUGAUUAUUCUGGCAAUAUCAGCAAAGCCCCUCUAGUUAUACCAGCACCAAAACUUGGCCGUUGGUAUGUUACUGUUCAACCGGUCAGUCUUCCAAACAGUGGCGGACUUCGAGAACUGAGCACAGCUGUUUGUUAUUCAUUGGAGUGGCAAGUUCUUCAGUGUCCUGUGGAUAAAGCUGGACCUAACUGUACAUGGAAAAGAUACAUGCUUCAGACUGUUCUUCGGAAAAAUCCUUCUGCCCCUUUUGAAUCCUACUACUUGCCAUUGAGUGAGAAGGUGUUGUCAGAUUCAGCUAACUUUCCUUUAGAACCGCUUUUGAGCAAUUCUUCUUAUGGAGGAAAUAAUGAUGUUGCUUGGACAUUUUUCCUCGUAGACAUCCCUUAUGGUGCUGCUGGAGGAAAUAUCCAUAUCCGCCUUACAUCAGAUGAUAAGAUAAGUUAUGAAAUGUAUGCCAGAUAUGGAGGAUUUCCUUCUCUGGAUAACUGGGACUAUUUCUGCACAAAUAGCACGAGCAGCAGCAAUGGUUCCAUGUUUUUUAAGCUGUAUGAUUCUACUGAGAAAUCAAUCGGUUUUUAUAUAUUAUAUCCAAGAGAAGGAAUCUGGAAUUUUGGACUGAGGCAAGUAAAUCCCGUUGGUAGUGGAUACACAUAUCAAACAACUAUGUCUAUCUCAGUAGAGAGAUGUCCACAAAAAUGUUCUGCUCAUGGAAACUGUCAAUUUCUUUUAGAUACCAGUGGGCUGUCACUAUACAGCUACUGUGCUUGUGAUCGUAACCAUGGAGGCUUUGACUGCAGCGUGGAGUUGGUGUCACAUAAAGGGCGCAUAUGGCAAUCAAUUUCCCUCAUUGCAUCCAAUGCUGCAGCUGUGCUUCCCGCUUACUGGGCCCUCCGCCAUAAGGCAUUUGCUGAAUGGGUUCUUUUCACAUCUAGUGGGAUCUCAAGUGGGCUGUAUCAUGCUUGUGAUGUAGGAACCUGGUGUGCAUUAACAUUUCAUGUCUUGCAGUUUAUGGAUUUCUGGCUUUCAUUCAUGGCGGUUGUCAGCACUUUUGUGUACCUAGCUGCUAUUAAUGAAACUUCAAAGAGGACGAUUCACACAAUUGUUGCAAUAGUAACGGCCCUUAUGGCUGAAACUGGUCCAACACGAUCCUCAAACAUCGUUCUUGUUUUAGCCAUUGGGACUUUGGGUCUUAUUGCUGGGUGGCUGAUUGAGCUUUGUACUCACUAUAGAUCGUUUGCCUGUUCGGCUCAGUUCCAUCUGAAUUUGGUUGAUAGAUCAGCCAUAAAGGAAUGGAUACGUAAUCUUGUUGACACGCUUCUAAGACGAUAUCGGUGGGGCUUUGUUAUAGCAGGGUUCGUUGCCUUAGCGAUGGCUGCAAUAAGCUGGAAACUGGAAAAUAGCCAAACCUACUGGAUUUGGCACAGCAUAUGGCACGUCUCCAUAUAUACUUCUUCCUUCCUUUUCCUCUGUUCAAAAGCAAAAGAUCCCUCAGACAGGAGCUAUGUGCUAACUCGACAAAAUUCAUUCACUGGAGCGAACGGGGAGAUAGCAGCAUUUAUCAAGAGGAUGAAGAUUUUUUCCACUCAACUAGGCAUCUGUUUGUAGGGAGGCAUUGCCUUAGCUACCAUCCAAAUUGUACAUAGUUCAGCAUACUGGAGGCUGACUGGUUUAGGCAUCAGUGUGGUGUGGCAGAGGAAAAAACUGUACACGAGAAACUGUACAAUAAAUCAAAAGAUAGUGAAUACACAGUACAGCAACGUUUACAAUCAGAGCAGCAGAUAGAAUAGACAUCCCCUACAGAUUUUCACCUCCUAUUUUGUUCUGAUGGAAUCUUUAUAAAUUUAUAUAAUGUAAUAGGCAGGUUAAGAUUGAGCUUAA